AUGUAUCCGUGGGCUAAGAUAAGCAUGACUAAAAUGCCCGAGUGUCAAUUCACGGCACCAUCCACUGCCUCGGCCAACAAUAAAAAGCCAUCUAAAAAGACCAUACGUCGCGCCAUAAAUCAAGAAAAGAAUACUGCGCAGAUUUCUCUUGUAGAGCCACUGAUGACUGCCCCCACAGCAUCAGCUACUACUCGUGUAUCUCCAUUCACUAACUCGACUAUAGUGGGCCACAAUGCCCUACCAAAAAAGCACUCGAGUGAAGAUACAGUAUCUAUUGUUGAUGUACCCAUCAAACCGACUUAUUUUACAACACUCAACUCAACCAGCACGAUUCCUCGUCGCGCUUCUGGUAUAGCUUCACAAUUAUUGACCACACCAUGGACCCCACAAACUAUUCCUACUCAGGUGUCGACGCAACCCAUCUCAGUUGCAAUACCGGCCAAGUCAAGCAUGAAGACAAUCUCUUCGACUAAAUAUAAUCCUAUUGAUGACAUUUCACUGUUCAACAGUGGUAUUCCGACCAAGUCUUAUCAUCUCGGCAUACUAGCACCAGCUGUCACGGCAGACAAGUCUGUUUUGGCUAUUGAGAGUACUAGACACUCUGUGAACCAUACCAUUGAUUCGAAUUUAACUGAAAGCACCAGCAAUGUGGACUCUACUAUCUUGCCACAUGUUGACUCGUGUAUUGCAUUGAAACCAAUUUAUGAGUCAAGAUAUCCUUUUUCAAAUGAAGUGAUUUGCAUGGUUGCCAAUGCAGUUCAUAUACGGGAUAUUACCGUGCUUGAACAACUUGCACGUCUAUUUACUAUCUACACGACUGGCUCGGCACAUUCAAAGGUUGCUGCCAGACAAGUUAUAACAACUAAAACAGUGGCCACGACAGUUCCAAACAGCAUAUGUAAUCCUGCUUGUCCAAUCCAGUCUGUAGCUGUAAAUACGACGCGAAAAACUUAUUCCAUCGCUGGGCCUGUUAUAGAUUUAGUUGCUAUUGUUCCAGAGAUUCCAGCCAUUUUACCGGUUUCUAUUGCCAAGCCAAGUCAUAUUCAAUCAACCACCAUCGAGCCUUUCGAUAUCCCUUUACCUGAUACAGCAUCAAUCGAGACAAAUGCAACCACUCUUCAAAUAGAUACAUCUUUAAUAAAUACUAAAGAUGUAGCUGAAGCAGCCGCAACAACUUUGACCAUUGGCAAUACCUCGAAUACCAAUACAAUUCUAGACCCAUGCAAAAACACGACCAGCAAAACCUUGAGCUAUAAUUUCAAGGACACCAAACUUGACUCUGCUGUCGAUCUUGGCCAACAACAGGCAGAGGUUCUUUCUGAUGAGAACGAUGUGUCUAAAUUAAACAAAGCACCUUCAAUUAAAUCAAAACAGUCAAAAAAGGCUGUAAUUACAUCUUGGUGGGAUUGGAAUUUGGGUGAUCCAAUUCCUGUUUUUCCUAAUUCGAAAACAGUAACUCCCAUUCCUUCCCAACGAUCUCAUCAAACACGCACUACCAUUAGUCGCACAAAAGUCGACGAUAUCCAAUUACCUGCAGAACAAUUACAUUUAAAAAAACCAAUCAUCACAUCCAAAGUACUCGUUACCGAGAUCAAAUCAACUACCAAGGCAUCGAAAAAAACUGCAAUUGAAGCAGGGUUCGUGUCUGCUCCUACUUCCAAAACUUUGUGCAAUACAGUAUUUGGAUAUGUCAAACCUGUCGAGUCGAAGCCAUCUGCUCGACCUGAUACUGAAAUCAAAACACAAACUCUCACCAACAACACUGCUAUUCCAAAACAAUCAAAUGCCGGUGAUUCAACCGUGCCCAAUCGCUCCACUGAUCGUAAAUACAGCAAUAUAUUUGGAUACGCCAAACCUGUGGAAUGCAAGUCUGCAUCCACCACCACCAAUACAAAUCGUCGCGCUACAACUGCCAAUACAGCACAAUCUCGAUGA